AGGAUCCCCGUGGGGCUCUCCGUGCCUGAUGCCGCCAUUGGCAAAACCCUGAAAGCCCCAAACCUUCCGAGAAAACCAUGGACGAGCUCGUGUCGGUGGCGCUGGAGGAGGUGUGCGCGCGCCUCGCGCUGGGGAUCCCCGUCGUGGACCUAUGGCCAGCGCUCCGUGGCACGCUCGAUGCGACGGGGCUCCCGCUAGGCCCAGCAGUCAAGCGCGCCCUGUGGGCUCGCAUCCUUGCGCUCCGCGUCGUCAACCUGGUGGAGGGGGAUGGGGACGGGGUGCCCAUCUCUACCGGAGACCCGGCGGAGAAGGACUUCGAGGAGGCCGAACGGCGGGGCAUGCGGCUCGUGGCAAGCGCGGGGAUCAGGGACAACUUCCUGGGGUUAUACGAGCGCAGAUUCGCGAAGUCGGAGUUGAGUGCCGUCCAGAAGGCGACGUUGGAGUGUGUUGCGGCAAGCAGGACUUCAGGGGUACCACAGAGUGAACUUUGCAAAAAAUUUAGAAUGAAAGGAAACAAUUUCCAUUUUAUUGCAAAGAGUCUUGAAUCACAACGACUAAUAGUUAGACAAUCAACUAUUAUAAAGAUGAAAGAUCACGUAGCUGAGAGGGAAGAUGCCUCACAGAAUAAACAUAUUAUCAAUACCAAUUCACUAUAUCUCUCCCGAUAUGCCAAGGACUUGAAUAUGACUUCACAGCAAAGAAUUGAGAUUACAAAGCCUGAACUACUUGGGAGCAAUGAAGAGGCCAAUGUAGAUGCUUUCCGAGUAGAUGGAGCUUUUGAUGUUAACUCCAAGAAUGAUAUAUCUAUUCAUGAUUAUCUUCCAGCAAUGAAAGCCAUAUGUGAUAAACUUGAAGAAGCAAGUGGAAAGGCUCUUGUUGUGUCAGAUAUAAAAGUUGAUCUCGACUACAGGAUGGCAUAUGGGCACAGAGCAUGGAGAAAUGUAUUGCAUAGAUUAAGAGAUGCACGACUUGUGGAGAUAUUUGAUGCCGAAGUUGAUGAUAAGGUUGUCCGUUGUUUGCGUCUACUGAAAAAUUUUGAUCCAAAUGAGUUUCAGCCAAAAAGUAUAGCUUCAAAUUUUAAAUUUGUUAAAAAAGGUCAGGCAACUGAUCAAAUUUUGGAACUUCCAUUAGAGAACUGUAUAUAUGAUAUGAUCAGUAGCCAAGGGACAAAAGGUAUUACACUUGUUGAGAUUGGCAAACAUCUUGGACUCAAUAAUUCAAAAAAACUUCAUAAACGAGUAUCAUCCAUGCUAAAAAAAUUCAACCUAACAUGGGAAGCAGAAGUUCCAGACAAGACAUCGCAGUACCGAAUUUGGACUUCAAAAAACUUCUCACUCUACAAAGCUGGUACUGCUCUGCAAAAUUUUGAGGCACUCUCAGAAGACUGUGAUGAUUGUUCGGAUUUGUGGUCCCUAGUUUCAUCUAAAGAUUUGGAAUCACCUAGUUCACAGGGCAAAUUACUCUUGCUUGAAGAAGAGAACCAUGACAAACCAAUUGGACAUCAUAUCCAGAACAACCGUGAUGCUUCUGCUGCAGUUUCCCAGUUAGUUGAAGAAGAUAAACUUCCUUCGAAUCAGAGGAGGCGUCGGUGCCGUCCAUUAUCUUCUGAUGAUCAACGCCAUAGAAGGAUUCUACACAUGUUAAAGAAGAAGAAAUUUGUACUGAAGGUGGAGUUACAUAAAUGGUUAGAACGGCUUGAAAAGAAGGACGGGAAAAUAAUGGAUAGGAAGACAUUGACUCGCACGUUGAAUAAGCUUCAGCAAGAGGGAAGCUGUAAAUGUAUCAAAGUCAGUGCUCCAUUGGUGACAAAUUAUGCUCGCAGUCGUCUCUUUGAUGUAAUACUGCAUUCUUCUGUUGGAGACGUGUCACCAGAACUUGUGGAGCAAUUUAGGACCAGACAAAGGAACUUUGACACCGAAUCUCGCGCAGGUGCAGCAGCUAAAGUGAAGCAAAAUCAACAUAUGACUGCCAUACCUGGUCUGAGGAUUUCACGCAGAGUUAAAGUUUACAAACCAUUACUAUUAGAAGCUAUGUAUGCAAAUGGAUUCAUAGGCGCAAAGAUGAUUCGAGCAAAGUUAUUCCAUAAAUUUCUGUGGGCUUAUGUCAAUUCUUUGCCAAAUUGGUGCAAUGCAUUUGGUUGUACCAAAGCAGGGCAUUAUGAUAAGAGCCUUAAUCAAUCAUGCCUGUUAUUUUCUAUGGAAGCAGCUAUGAAAGAAAUGCCCCUUGAACUCUUUCUACAAAUUGUUGGGUCAGCAAAGAAGAUUGAUAACAUGAUAACGUUGUGUAGGCUUGGAAAAACACUUUCAGAAAUACCUACAGAGGAAUACAAUCAGAUCUUGGAUACUCAUGCCAAUGGCCGACUCUCACGUUUAGUAAAUAUUUUGGACAAGCUCAAGCUGGUUCAGCUUGCAAAAGAAUUCUUAGAAGAUGCUGGUGUAUCGUCAAAUGCCAUGUAUACACAUUCGAUGGAGCUCAGGCCUUACAUCGAAGAACCCAUGCCAAGAAUUCUUCCAUCUUCCCAACUGAACAAUCAUCGGAAAAUUCGGCAUGAUUUUGUACUUUCAAAGAAAGAGUUUGUUGAUUCUUAUUGGGAAACACUAGAGUGCUGUUAUUUAACAGCUGGUUUGGCUGACCCGUUAAGUGCCUUCCCUGGCAGUUCUGUCCCGGAGGUUUCUCAUCGUCGUUCAUGGUGUUCACUUAGAGUCAUGACUACUGAACAACGACUGGAGUUGCAACAGCGUAUUAUGGAUGUUGGUGAGAAGGGGAAAAUUCCUUUUAAAGACUGUGUUAGAAUAGCAAGAGAACUGAAUCUUUCUGUAGAGCAGGUACUUCGCCUUUCAUAUGAAAGGCAAUCUCGGCUCCAUGAACAGCCCAGCUUUACUUCUAAACAAAAGCAGCAAAGAGUUGGUUCUGGAUUGACUCCUGUGAGAAGAAAGAGACGUGCCGAUGGGACCAGCCUGAAGCUUCUGAAACGUACAGUACAAGCAAGUGGAUCUGCUGAACAAAUAUUGGGGCAACCUAUUGUUGAUGAAGAAGUACCAAUGAUCAGUCGGUAUGCUAUCUUAAGAAAGAGCUGCAUGAGAAGUAAAAGAUUCUUUUGGACAUGUGAAUCUGAUAGAAAACUGCUGAUGGCAUACAUUAGAGUGCGUGCAGUACUUGGGGCAAGAUAUUAUCGUGUACCUUGGAAGUCUCUCUCUGAUCUUCCAGCUCCACCACAUACAUGUCUUAGAAGGAUGGCAGUACUAUUGAAAACAAACGGAAAGAUAAGAGGAGCUGUCAUGUGUUUAUGUAACCUUCUUGGGGAACGGUAUGUUAGAUAUCUUGAAAAGGAAAGGAGUUUGAAAAGGAGAAGAUUGUUUCCCCAGAUUUCAAACAGAAGUCAAGAAAACAGUUUAGAUUCAGAUUGUGAGCAAUUCAAUUGGGAUGACUUUGAAGUUCCAGAGAUAAAGAGUGCACUUAAUGAAGUCCUUGAAUUAAUUCAAACAGAAAAAAUAGAUCAGGCCAAGAGAAUUGGGCCUGUUAAUCAAAAAAACAUUAACAAUGAUAAUGAUGUCACAAAGGACACAAUAUGUUCACAGGAACUGCCAAAUAAUCAGGCUAUACGAGGUGAAACCAAAACGAGUGCAGUUUCAGAAAGCGGAUUCUGUGAUCCUGAAAAAUCAUGCGGACAUUCAAAUGCAGAAAGUGAAAACAUGGAAGUCUUCUGCAAACCUCAAGAAAAAAUCAUUAAGGAUCACCGAAAUAAGAUUAUUGAAAGAGGCAUAUGGAAAUCAUUGGCUGUUGCAAAUGCCUUGGAGCUUCUGAAGUUGGUUUUCCUCAACACAUCUUUAGGAUCAAAUGUACAAGCUUCACUAGCAGCAACACUGCAGCUUUAUUCAGAGAGCGAGAUUUUUACUGCUGUUUCCUUUCUUAAAGAAAAAAAAUUCUUGGUUACUGGGAGUGGUGGGAAGCCGUACACCCUUUCUUCACAAUUCUUAACCAAUGCUUGUUGUUCACCUUUUCCAUUUGGUUCAGGGAAAAAGGCUUCUAUAUUUUCUAAUUGGCUUAUAGCUCAGCAAAAGAAUACUACAGACAGUGGAGUUUAUUUGUAUCCAGAUAUACAAUGUGGAGAAAUUGUUCAUCUAUUCUCUCUGGUUUUGUCAGGAAACCUUCUCAUUUCACCUUUCUUGCCUAGUGAAGGAGUUGGUGAGGCUGAUGAGCCUAACAGCUCUGGUCCUUUGGUCGUAGAUACCAGCGGUUUGGCUGACAACAGUCAUAAGCGCAAGGCUGAUACAGUGAAACUGAAAAGCAGCAAGGCUAAGAAACCGAAGCCUUUGCCAAAGAUAGAAAGUGACUUUUGCUACCGCCGGGAGAAAGGAUUUCCUGCUAUCCAAAUAGGUCUAAAUCUUCAUAGAAUUCAAACAAGCAAUUUCUUGCAAGAGUUUCAUGGUAAAGAAUCCUCUAUUUUUACUUCAAGCUGGGCAAUGAGCAAAAAGAAUGUUGAUUUGCAUGCAGAAAGGCACAUCAUGCCAUUGUUUUCAAAUUGCUUAAGUUCAUAUAGGCAUUUAUUGUCUGAAUCUCAGUUGGAGAACUCAUACAGUGGAUGGCCUUGGGAUGCCAUGACAAAUUAUGAGUUAUCACCAGUAUCUGAGCACCAAAAUGAAUUGUUCACAUUGUCUCCUGAACUGUUCAGGAAUGCAUUUCGUGUUAUUCAUCAAGCUGGUGGGCAAGGAGUUACCUUGAGAGAACUUUCGCAGGCACUGCAUCCGUUAGCCAUGCAGCAGGUCUUAAUAAUUGUUGACACUCUCAAAAGAUUUCAGCUGGCUGUUAAGGUCAAUGCAUAUGAUGGCGUUCAGAUUGUGGACUCAUUACAUUCGUCAAAGUAUCAUAUAGCUACACUUGCAGAAUGUGAUAGUUGCUGCUGUACAGAUCCUCCAACUUCUCAAUUUGUUGAUAAUGAAAACACAAAAAAUCUACUGAAAGAGAAGCAUACCAAGCCUAUUAAUUUUCCUGGUCCAAUAAAAAUGCUUGGUGAUGGGCACACAGUGACAGUAAUUAAUGUUCAAAGCAAGUUGAGCCCACCUUACAUGCACAGCAAAGAUCCUGGGGAUGCGGAAAGGUUAUCUACUCCAGGAGAGAACAAUAAGGAGAGUAGUUUCUAUCAUAAUUGUGAAAGGCAUUGUUAUCAGCCUAUAUUACCAUGGAUAAAUGGUGAUGGUAGUACUAAUAGCACUCUCUAUGAAGGUUUAAGUCGCCGAGUUAUUGGUUAUGUCAUGCACUAUCCAGGAUUAUCGGAGGAAGAUGUUAUCCGUCGGAUGGAUGUAUUGAAUCCUCAGACUUGCAGGACCCUGCUAGAAAAGCUAACGCUCGAUGGGAACCUUCAUGUUCGGGUUUUUGAAGAACCUGUGCCAAUGGCUCCGACCACACUGCAGGGUAUGUUCAAGCAACACUCUAGUAAAGAGCCAUCAAAAUGUGUAAAGCGCUACUUCGCAAACCCAAUGAGCACAUUACAACUGUAACUGCAAGAAGAUUUUAACUUUGUUC